AGACAACCUCACACGGGACAUUCACAUGACGAGAAAUUCCAGUAUCCAUAACACACGGUUUCUGAACCUUUUGGUACAGCAAAAUGCUUCGCCAACACAGGCAUUUCACAUUGUUUCUAGCAUUGUAUUCUUGCUGUUCGAUAGCUGUUUCUAGCGCCGCCGACAAGCCUCCAAAUAUCGUGUUUAUCCUGACAGAUGACCAGGAUGUUGUGCUUGGAGGACUUAGUCCCAUGAAGAAAACAGAUGAACUUAUUGGGCAACAUGGAAUCAAAUUUGAUAACAUGUUUGUUACAAGUCCUUUGUGCUGUCCAAGCCGAUCAAGCAUUUUAACUGGCCAGUACGUACAUAACCAUCAUGCCAAAAAUAACUCCAUAUCAGGUGGAUGUUCAAGUCCAGGUUGGCAAGCAGGACCAGAGAAACAUUCUGUCAGCACUUACCUGAAAGAUCUUGGUUACAGGACAUUCUUCGGGGGAAAGUACUUAAAUCAGUAUGGUAGCCGAUCAGUGGGCGGUCCUGAACAUGUUCCCCCAGGCUGGGAUGAGUGGCUUGGAUUAGUGGGUAACUCUAGAUAUUAUAACUACACCUUAUCAGCAAAUGGCAAGCCAGAGAAACAUGGACACAAUUACAGCACUGACUAUCUGACAGAUAUUUUGAAAAGUCACGCUGUAAAUUUUAUAAAGGAACAGUCAGAAGCAUCGCCUCCAUUCUUUAUGAUGGUUGCCACCCCUGCAUGCCAUGACCCAUUCACCCCUGCACCUCAGUACAAGGAAAACUUCAAUACCAGUAAGGCGCCUAGGACUCCCAGCUUCAAUACAGCCGGUGGAUCUUCAAAGCACUGGCUCAUCAGAAAUACUCCACAUCCUAUGAAGGAAUCAUCUAUCACUUCUUUGGAUAAUUUCUUCCGGGACAGAUGGCGGACACUGUUGUCAGUGGAUGAUCUUGUUGAAGACGUCAUCAUGGCGUUGGCUAAUGGAAAACACUUGGAAAACACACACAUCAUAUUCUCUUCAGAUAAUGGAUUUCAUUUAGGUCAGUUUUCCCUCCCACAAGACAAACGCCAGCUGUAUGAGUUUGAUGUUCGUGUGCCUUUUAUGAUCAGAGGUCCUGGAGUGAUGGCAAAUAAAACUUCUCAGAGCCCUAUUCUCAAUAUUGACAUAGCACCAACAAUUGUGGAGUUAGCUGGUGGAAAAGCACCUGAGUCCAUGGAUGGUCGGUCAAUUCUACCUCUUUUGAAAGCAGAUUUUCAAAAGAGCCAGAAAGAGAAGAAUGUGGAAUGGCGCACAGAUUUUCUCGUGCAGCACUACGGAGAAGGUGACCUAAAGAUUGCGGGAUGCCCAGAGCUUUCAGCUGGAGUCUCGUGUUGCUGGCCCAACUGUGUUUGCGAGGAUGCUUGGAACAACACGUAUUCGUGUGUCCGCUCACUGAGCCAGUCCGAAGACAUGAUGUACUGCGAGUUCGCUGACAAAGAGGCGUUUGUGGAGCUGUACGACGUGAAGAAGGAUCCUGCUCAACUCAACAAUAUAGUCAAAGGCGCCUCCCCGAAAUUCUUGAAAGCAAAACACAACCGCCUCGUGGAUUUGGUGUUGUGCUCAGGGAACUCUUGCAGGAAGAGCUCAAGUGAAAGCAGGGAUGUGGGGCUCUGAAGUGCGAAGGACGUCUAAGCUAUAAACAGCGUGGAAAUGCCACGCUGAAUAUCUAACACUUCCCAGAUCUGAUUAGUGCUUGUAACAGACGCUUUGACGGUUGCAGGCACCAUCUUAGUUGGGUGGCGAACACGUAAAAAAGAUACAGUAAAUGUAAGGGAAUAGAUAAGUUGCCGGGAAGUUCAAUGGUCAAUAAUAUGAGGAUGAUUAACAUUCAGCUGAAGGUUUUAAGUUUUACAUGAUAAAGGUCCACAGCACAAGAAAAUUAGAUUUUAUCGAUCACAUUUGUAGAACACAGCUGAGCUGGUGGGAAUUGCACCUUUUCUAUAGACGUUUUACCUCUCAAAUUUGACCAGUGAAUUCUCUUACUUCAUAUGUUUAGUUUUUAGUUCGUAUUAAAUGUUUCGAGAGUCGAAUUUUUCGCGAAUUGUUAGACUUUAGAUUCGUAACUUUUCUUUACAUUUACUUUACAUUUACUGACAUUUUUCCCGUGUCUGCCCCUCCUCCCCUCACCCCCUCCCCCCCUCACAAGAUGGCGUCAAAAACAUUACAUAAGUUUGAAUCGUAUUAGGAUCGGAGAAUUAAGAACUGAGCACAAUUCCCGUAUGCUUUGCUUCUCUAGCCUCUCUUCCAAGACAUUUUUUUAUAGUUUUGUGAGGAACAUAGUGAAUCUUCUCCGUCUGUUUAGGUAAAAAUGGAAUCUUCGUAGCUUUGCAAAAUUUAUUUUAUUUCGACAGAAUAAUAUACUCAUAAAUGUGCAUUUUAAGAGUUACUAUAUAGUGCUGGGGAGAAUUUUAUUUCUAGUAAUAGAAAAAAGCAGUGAAAUAUAUUAUUAUUACCUUUCAGAGUAUUUUGAAUCCGUUUAGAAUAAUGUGUUUUUAAAUAAACGUUGUUUCAGAUUAAAACAGUUUUGAAGUGAGA